UAGAACGUUGGUGUUGGCGACUUGUCAAUUAACUUCUACUCUGCUGCUGUGAAGGACGACGAGAGAUUUCACGCGUGUUCGGCAGCUGAAAUCAAUUUUACGGUUUCUUCCAAUUCGUCCACCUUUGUGCACCGAAAAUGAGAAGGAAGACAAAGAAACGGAGUUCAGUUUGUUUGGAGAACAGACGAUUUUUUUUUCUUGGAGCAGAGGAUGGAGAACCUAGAAUUUUCACAUCUUAAAGUAAUUUAAUUUAGUUUUUUCGAAUUUUUCUGUGCUUUUUGGGUUGAAUUCAGUAAUGGGUUGGAGGUACAGAGCUGGUUUAUGCUUAAUUGGUGUCGUCGUUUUCAUUUGGGUUACUUGUUUAGAGAUUACACAGAGAAUAUUUACAGAGUAUAAACAACCAUUUGCAAUCACUUAUUUGGGGGUAUCUCUUAUGGUGAUUUAUCUACCAAUUUCGUUUCUGAGUAACUGGAUAUGGAACUUCAUAAGAACCAAUUCAUUUAAGAAACUUCUAGAUGCAAACACAAUGAUGGCCUCCUCGAUGGGUCUGAAUACCCCACUUAGAAUUAAUGAAAUGCAUGAUGGUUUCGAAACAGAGAUGAGAAACUGCUUGAUUGGGGACAUGUAUCUUAGUGAACAGGAAGAAGGUUGGCCUUUGAUUGACAAGAGCAAUGAAGAUGAAUUUGAUUUUCUAAGACAUGAUUGUGAACAAAGCUCAUGGAGAAUGGCGAAGAGCAUCUUUUGUCUUGCUGUUAUAUGGUUUACUACAGAGUAUUUAUCGAAUGCUGCGCUGGCGAACACAAGUGUUGCAAGUACUACCGUCCUAACUUCUACAUCUGGACUUUUUACACUUUUCUUUGGGGCAUAUCUUGGUCAGGACUCCUUAAGUAUAGCAAAGAUUGUUGCAGUAUUUGUUAGCAUUUCUGGUGUUGCCAUGACCACAAUAGGAAAAACUUGGGCAAUCGAUGAGCCACAGAACAUCUCUGAAGGUGCAAAACACUCCAUUGCAGGGGACAUCUAUGGUCUUCUUGCAGCAGUAACAUAUGGCCUCUUCACUGUGCUACUUAAGAGAUGUGCUGGAUCAGAAGGAGAAAAGAUUGAUGUGCAAAGGUUCUUUGGAUAUAUUGGAUUGUUCACCCUUCUUGGCCUUUGGUGGCUUGUUUGGCCAUUGAUGGCUGUGGGAAUUGAACCCAAGUUCAGAUUUCCACACUCGGCAUCCAUUGAAGAAAUUGUAUUGCUAAAUAGCUUAGUAGGAAGCGUUCUUUCAGAUUAUUUUUGGGCCCUGUCUGUGGUCUGGACGACUCCAUUUGUUGCAAGCUUGAGCAUGUCCCUUACCAUACCUCUGGCAAUGGUUGCAGACAUGGUCAUCCAUGGGCGCCAGUACUCUGCCUUGUACAUAUUUGGAUCAAUUCAGGUUUUUGCAGGUUUUGUUAUGGCUAACCUCUCAGACAAGUGCUCAUGCACACUGUAGGCUUGUAGAUUCUCCGGUUGAAAUCAAGUCGGAAAGCUCAGAACUUUCAAGAGUAACCAUGCUAUUCCAAGUGGAUACGAUACUGUAUUAGUGAUUUAGUUAUGAUGUAUGAAGGCUAAUCAAUGCAUAACCAAGCUAAUAUACGAAUAGCUUAGGGGGUUUACUUACUAAUAUCAAUAUCUUACAGUCUUGUCCUUUUGUAGUUUCCCAAUCAUGAAAAAUAACUGCUGGGAGUUUGGUUCACAUCCUGAACUCUAAGAGUUGAUUAUAAAAAUUAUAUAAAUGGAUGGAUGUAUUUCUUGAAAGCC